AUGAUGGGCUAUUCAGAACCUCUUUCAGAAGGUAUAGAUCCAAAAAGUCGGCCGCUCAAGUCUUCUCCCAAUAUUGGUCUUGAUCAAUGGGUUCAAACACACCUUCAAAACUCCACCUACCAACCAGGUUACCCUUACGUUAUACGCUCAGUGACCACUAGAGUCCAGGGUAGCGAACGAGAACACCUUGAAAUUCCAAAUACUCCAGAGAAUCUCGCAAACAGCCAGCCACACCAUAUUAUCCGACGCCAAACUAGCCGAGAAACAACAACACGGUCUCUGUUUCAACCUGCACCCUCAAAUGCCCUAUACACUUCCACCAAUUCACAGUACACCCGUACACCCGUACCACAAAAAUACAAAUCCUCAGACUAUCGGCAGCACCAACAGCAUCUUCGGACAGUCUCGCAGCACCGGUCAGUUGUCUACGGCAGAGACGCGGUCUCACCAUACGCAUGCCUUUCCUGUCUUAGAGCCACGUUUAUAAAACGUAUCCGCUUUUAUCGUAAAACUCGUCAGCUAAAUUGUGACGACAUUAUAGAAAAUGCCUUUACAGGUGAUGAAGCAGUGUCAGCCCUAGUAAAAGUGUUUGCCGAUCGGGUAUCCAAGCAAGACUGUACUGCACUCGUCAACUUGCUCUGGCACAGCCCAGCGCCCGUUUUCUUACCCACACGACUAUCCCCACGUUCGGUCAAGGCCAAUUCGGUUAUCGAGUCAAAGGACGAAAUCUUUACGCUCAUAGACAGCGAUGACAUAAGUAGCGACCCUAAAAAAGCGUCCAAAAUAAAAGGGGUAAUUACUGCCCUUACUGCGUGCUAUGUCCCGACUUGUACACCUAAGCAGCCCGGCAUAUGCUAUGCGCCAACUUGUCCUAAUAGAGAAGGAGACAAGAGAGCGCUCGUGAGUGCAUUUAAACCACUAAUGCAAGUCGUGAGCAUCUUGCAGCCCCUGGUUCUCAAUGUUGAUCCAACUAAAGAAGACCCGGACGAUUACAAGAACCACAAAUCAUGGGUUAAGCUAGCCCCAGAAGAACUGGUCAAGAGUUUGCCGGCAGAAGAGAUUACACGGCAAGAACUCAUGUUCGAACUCAUAUACACCGAGAGAAACCACCUUAAUUUAUUGAAAGCUAUUGAUCAGAUAAUCAUUCCGGAACUUGAUGGAACAACCUUACUUUCUGCAGAAGAAAAGAAAGAUUUUAUGCGGAUUAUGUUUCCAAACUACAAAUGGUUCCUUGAUAGGACCUCUGCAAUGUAUGACGAGAUGCACAGACGUCAGGAGGAGUACGAAGGCGAGUGUCUGCCCCGGAUAGACGAUAUCCUUCUCAAGUAUUAUCUUGAGUUUGAAGAGCCAGUCAGGGCAUACUCCAAAAGCAUUCCGUUCAUGACCCAUGCUAUCAAACAAUACAGCCAAAGAAACGAAGAGUUUGGGCUUCUUAUUGAAGAUCUUGGAUCCAGACAUGCCCUCAAUCGACUCGGAUUCCGAAACAUCCUCCUUCAACCUGUCCGACGCAGCGUCAAUAUCAUCCUCAUUCUCGAAAGUCUUGUCAAAAAGACGGCCAAGUACAACUCCACAUACGAGGACCUCCUACAGUGUGUCGCGGUCGUAAAGAACCUGGCCCGCAUAAAUGACGAGGAGGUCGCGGCUUCUGAGGAUAUCAUCAACCUCCAGGCACUCGAAAUCGGGCUUGGUUCUAAGACCAAAACCCACUUCCUGACCCCUCUCCGCCUUUUGGAUCCGGAGCGCAAGCUCCUGCGACACGGAAAUGUCAAGAUAAAGAAUUCAAGUGAUUCGGUCGACACCAAGAUGUUCGUGCUCGACAAUUUUCUGCUGCUCGUCAAAGUCAAACACUACGCUCUUGAAGAAGAGUACCGGCUCUUGAGAAGACCCAUCCCGAUCCUGUUGGCCAAUUGUCGCGAACUGCCCCCGGUUUCGUUAUCUAGCUCUCUGCGUGGCUCAGCAGGCAACGGCACCAGCAGCGGUGUGUCGUCUCAGGCUGCCGAUUAUGUCUUGGCAAUCGGAAGCAGCGGACAGCGUGAAGCGGACACCUGUCUUGCCUUCAAGACAUCAGAGGAAGUCUGUAGCUGGAUGGCGGUGAUCGAUAAAGCCAAGGAAGAAGUCAGGAAGCGUUGGGAGGAUGUGAAGUUCUGUGAUUUGGUAUGCAUUGAUGACAAAUCAUUCCAAGUUGGAGACAUUCUUCCUAAGCGAGGAGAAGGCACAAUUCGAUGCACUGCUCCGUUUGAAAACAUUCGUAGACAAAAGUGUAUUGCCAUUGGUACAGAGAGUAGUAUAUAUUUGAUGAAUUGUGUAGAUGGCACCUUGCGUCGUACUCUUUUUAUCAAGAAUGUGACUCAGAUUGCCGUGAUGCAUAAGCACGGUGUUCUUCUAGUACUUGCAGAUAAAGUUCUCUUGGGUUAUCCUCUCGCUGCAUUUGGCGAUACUGGUAGUCCCAAACCGCUCGAGCGCCUGGUGAAAGAAAUAGACAAACACGUCAACUUUAUGAAAGUGGGCCAGUACAACGGACAAGAUUAUUUGAUCUACAAGAAACGCAAAGGAAACAAUAGUAUGUUUUUCCCUCUUCGGCCUAAGCCAAACAUCAAGGAAAUCAUGCUGGCACCAAGCGAACGACGGUUGAUUAAUUCUUCAAAUUCAUGGUUUGACAGUGACAAGGUCUUUUGUGUCGGCGCAGAGUGUUUCAAUGUUCAAUUCUUCAACACGAGAUUGUUUAUUGCGUGUGAACAAGGGUUUGAGAUGAUCAACCUCACGAAUCUUACUGUAACCGAGAAUUUGAUAAACGACAUAAGUUCGCCCGCACUAAGUACAUUCAAUAAGCACCUGCUGGAUAGCAAACCGUUGGCUAUCUUUUUGGCUUCAGAGGAUAGAGCGCUGGUGUGCUACAACAAGGUGGUAUUUUACAUCACCAAAAGUAGAAAUGUCGUAUUUCAGGAUGAUACAUCACCCGUGUUAUUUGAUUGGGAAACCCCGGUGGAUCAUGUUGUUUAUCGAUAUCCAUUCAUAGCUGGAUUCAGUGAGAAUAUGAUUGAGAUUCACCACGCCGAUACUGGCGAAUUGCUUGAUGUUUUGUUUGGUGAUUCUAUUCGAGUGACGCAUGACUAUGAACUUAAUGAGGUUCAUGGUUGUAAAUUAGAUUUCAAAGCAAAUGUACAGUUGAUAUUUUCGUUUAUUCUGCGGCCAUCUUAAGUAAAUUCUUGAAUGGUUUCCAACGAUUGUGAAUCUAUAUGUGAAAUAUAUACAUAUUUAUAUAAUUUUUCUGUAAAAUUG